GCGGGGCUUCAGAGAGGGCCGGACCUCGACCGAGAAGCGGGUGUCCACCGCCGCCGCCAGCAGCAGCAGGAUCCCGCGGGCCGCGGCGCUGUCGUGAGUCCGUCUGUGGUGUGACAGGAGUGGGCUCUGUUCUCCGCGGUGUGAUGGAAAUGGACAGGAUGGAUGAAAAUGACUGGAAAUACCACGAAGAAGGAAACAAGAGCCUGGUGGUCUGCCAUGUUCAGCACUGCAGGGUUCUGCGGCUCCUCAAGUACCCGGCUGAAGACUCGGAGAACCCGCCACAGACGGCGGAGCAGGCCUUCAGGCAGAUCCAGAACAUCGUGGACUUCACCUCCAACGUCAUGAGCCGGCUGCUGGGGGACAAGUUCGUCCACAGUGGGGAAGUGGUCCGACUGCCGCUGGAGUUCGUUCGCCAGUUAUCCAUCAAGAUUCAGCACCAGAGACCAGCCUGGCGCUGCGAUAAAGUCAUGGACAUCUACAGCGGCUGCGCUCUCUGCCUGCCCAACCUCACCACGCCGACCCAGUACCAGCCGACAGCCACGCCGCCCAUCUGCAUCGAGAUCAAGCCUAAAUGGGGCUUCCUGCCGUCCUCCAAACACGUCAGCAGGGACAUCAAGACCAGAGUGUGUCGCUACUGCAUGCACCAGCACUACAAGGUUCGGAAGAGAUCGGCAAGACACAAAUAA